AUGGUUACGAGUAGUUCUGAUCAGAAAAUCACUUCCAAAGUUCUGAUCAAUCCCAUAUUCGUGUUCAAUUCUGGAUAUGUGCAAGUACUUGUAAACUGCACAACUUCUGGAUAUGUGCAAGUACUUGUAAACUGCACAACUUCUGGAUAUGUGCAAGUACUUGUAAACUGCACAACUUCUGGAUAUGUGCAAGUACUUGUAAACUGCACAACUUCUGGAUAUGUGCAAGUACUUGUAAACUGCACAACUUCUGGAUAUGUGCAAGUACUUGUAAACUGCACAACUUCUGGAUAUGUGCAAGUACUUGUAAACUGCACAACUUCUGGAUAUGUGCAAGUACUUGUAAACUGCACAACUUCUGGAUAUGUGCAAGUACUUGUAAACUGCACAACUUCUGGAUAUGUGCAAGUACUCGUAAACUGCACAACUUCUGGAUAUGUGCAAGUACUCGUAAACUGCACAACUUCUGGAUAUGUGCAAGUACUCGUAAACUGCACAACUUCUGGAUAUGUGCAAGUACUCGUCAACUGCACAACUUCUGGAUAUGUGCAAGUACUCGUCAACUGCACAACUUCUGGAUAUGUGCAAGUACUCGUCAACUGCACAACUUCUGGAUAUGUGCAAGUACUCGUAAACUGCACAACUUCUGGAUAUGUGCAAGUACUCGUAAACUGCACAACUUCUGGAUAUGUGCAAGUACUUGUAAACUGCACAACUUCUGGAUAUGUGCAAGUACUCGUAAACUGCACAACUUCUGGAUAUGUGCAAGUACUCGUAAACUGCACAACUUCUGGAUAUGUGCAAGUACUCGUAAACUGCACAACUUCUGGAUAUGUGCAAGUACUCGUAAACUGCACAACUUCUGGAUAUGUGCAAGUACUCGUCAACUGCACAACUUCUGGAUAUGUGCAAGUACUCGUCAACUGCACAACUUCUGGAUAUGUGCAAGUACUCGUCAACUGCACAACUUCUGGAUAUGUGCAAGUACUCGUCAACUGCACAACUUCUGGAUAUGUGCAAGUACUCGUCAACUGCACAACUUCUGGAUAUGUGCAAGUACUUGUAAACUGCACAACUUCUGGAUAUGUGCAAGUACUGAGAUAUUAA